AUGAUAAAUCGUGAGCCAGGGAUUGAAGCUGCUGCUACCAAAAAUCAAGCGCUGUCGACCAAGCCGAUUGACCCAUCCAAAGGUUGUGCUUGGAAGUGCAAACCCCCUGAAAAGGCAGAAUUGUGUACGACUACUCAUAAAGUCCUCUUUGGCCUCUAUUAUGGAAAAAUUAUUCCAUUCUCGGAGGAUGAAAAGCUGGAAAUGGUAAAUUCCGGUGGUGAUGAUGACAACAAUGUAAAGCGUGGUUGUGGUCCAACCAAGAAAUUCAGGAAGCCUGCCAUCGCACUGUUCGUCUCGGGGCCAACCUCUACCUCAGACCACCCACUUAUCUGCUCUUAG